AACCCCCUGGUGGCCGUUUAUUACACCAACCGUGCCCUCUGCUACCUGAAGAUGCAGCAGCACGACAAGGCCCUGGCCGACUGCAAACGGGCCCUGGAGCUGGACGGGCAGUCGGUGAAGGCUCAUUUCUUCCUGGGCCAGUGCCAGAUGGAGAUGGAGAACUAUGAUGAGGCCAUUGCCAACCUGCAGCGAGCCUACAACCUGGCCAAGGAGCAGCGGCUGAACUUCGGGGACGACAUCCCCAGCGCCCUGCGCAUCGCCAAGAAGAAGCGCUGGAACAGCAUCGAGGAGAAACGGAUCAACCAGGAGAACGAGCUGCACUCCUACCUGACCAGGCUGAUCGUGGCAGAGAAGGAGAGGUACCCCUGCCACCCCCACAGGGCUGGGCUUUUAGUCGAGUCCCACCGAGCUCUGCGAGGAGCUGGCAGAGCCCCCCAGGCAGGGGAGGGGGGUGGCAGUGACAAGUACCUGGCAGACAUGGACGAGCUCUUCUCACAAGUGGAUGAGAAGAGGAAGAAGCGGGACAUCCCUGACUACCUGUGUGGGAAGAUCAGCUUCGAGCUGAUGCGCGAGCCCUGCAUCACACCCAGCGGCAUCACCUACGACAGGAAGGACAUUGAGGAACAUCUCCAGCGCGUGGGUCAUUUUGAUCCGGUGACAAGGAGUCCCCUGACCCAGGACCAGCUGAUCCCCAACCUGGCCAUGAAGGAGGUGAUUGAUGCUUUCAUCUCAGAGAACGGUUGGGUGGAGGAUUAUUGA